AUAGACCUUUUCUGACCACUGAAGUAAGAAGAACACGGAAAAGAAGUUGAGGACGGUUUCCGGUUCGGCCAUUCCAGUUUCCUUUUCGCAGUUGUGUCUCCGUGCGUUGGUGUACUUUUAUACAUUCGCCAUGGGUCGUAUGCACGCACCUGGUAAGGGUAUCUCCCAGAGUGCCCUGCCCUACCGCCGCACAGUCCCCACCUGGCUCAAGCUUACCUCCGAUGAUGUUAAGGACCAGAUCCAGAAGCUUGCCAAGAAGGGUCUUACCCCAUCACAGAUUGGUGUCAUUCUCCGAGACUCCCAUGGUGUGGCUCAGGUUAGAUUUGUCACUGGCACUAAGAUUCUCAGAAUCAUGAAGGCUAUGGGAACCGCUCCUGAUCUUCGUGAGGACCUUUACUACCUUAUCAAGAAGGCUGUUGCCAUCCGCAAGCAUCUUGAGAGGAACAGGAAGGACAAGGACUCCAAAUUCCGUCUGAUUCUCGUCGAAUCAAGGAUCCACAGGCUGGCCCGGUAUUACAAGAAGAAGGGUAUCCUCCCCCCCAACUGGAAAUAUGAAUCUAGCACAGCUUCCGCGUUAGUGGCGUAAAUUGGACUUUACUCUUACAUGUAUAAUUUUACUUUGUUUUGAUUAAAGUGUCCAAUUUCA